AUGCGAUUAUUGAGGCCAAAGAAACCAGUGAAUCUGGGGCUGAUUGGGAACAUGUGACUUAAACAUAUCGUAUUAUAGGAUUGCGUUCCUGGUUUGUUUAAGGACUUUUGAGGCUUUUCAAUUGUCCUUUGAUUGUAGAUUACGGUAGAAGAAACGGUUGUAGUCAAAGACCUGCAAUCUGGGUUAUUUUAAAGCAGCUUCUUCAGGUUCUUGUCUUGUAGUAGAGAUUGUGUGAACCGCUGGAAUGUUCAGGAGCCUGACUGCUGACAGCAGCCUGCGCCUCCAAGUAAAAAAAACAACUAUAAUUGAACUUAAAAACUCGGGCUAGUUGAACCAGAUAUUUUUGACUUGGGUGUUAAAAUCCUUGUUGCUUUUCCAACUAAGGCUGGAUGUUGCUCAAUAAUAUUUGUAAUUUUUUAUUUAUUUAUUUUUUUGCAACGGGUCUUUUGCAGUUUAUAGCUUAAAGGAGUAAUAGCUGAAUUUUCAAUGCAUAUAUGUGCAAAUCUUUGUCUAUUCCGCUAAUGUCAAAAAAUCCAAUUUCGGAAUUGCAUUGUUUCUAUUAAGUGAAUGAAUUAAAAUCACACUUGAAAAAGCUUGUUCACACGAUAAUUAAUCAUUAGCAAACAUGGCAGCGAUGUAAACUGUUAUGUAAGAUGUAUUCAUAAUUCAGCUCAUCUGCCUUUUUCUUCUUCUUUUUUUAAAAUGAAAUUAUCCAUCCAUCCAUCCAAUUGAUUCCAUAUGUUUAAAUGACGCACAACUUCUUUUGCAAUGCUGUGAGAGCUCUGGGGAAGCAGGCUGCACAGUGUUUUAAAAAAAACAAGAAUAAACUAUCUUCCUCCUACAUUCUGUCGUCUUUCAUAUUGUAGUUUUCGUCAGUAGUAACAUCCGGCGUUGAUCACGGGACUAGUGUGAUGGAACAUUUUCCACUUGUGAUUGUUGUCAAACUCAGUGCCAGAGAUCACAGAUCUGCUAUCUCUGAGCAUCUCUUGGUUUUCUUUCAUUCCUGCCUUCUCUGUUGUGUCUUUUCCUGGUGGCCUGACUUGAAUGGAGAGCUUCUGGGUAAACCUACUGGGGACAUGCCUGUCAGCAGUUCUGCUGUACUGUGCUGGUGUUCCCACUCACCGUGUCCCUCUGCUCUGUAAUGUCAUUAUGCUGACGUUGCUUGGCCCAUCCCUUUGUGUACAGUGGUUAGCUCUACUGUAUCAUUCUGUUGUUCCAAUUGUGUUCUAAUGGAGGUUUGUCCACUUGAAACUGACUUGUAUGUGUAGUGUAGUUCAGAUUUGCUAACAGAUUUUUGGCUGAUUACCUUUAUUUCUUUUCUUAAAACUUGACUUAUUCCAAUUCUGGCCAGUGCAGAUUUACUUUUUUUUUCUUUCUUGUCUGAAAACCUUGCUGUGUUGGCAAUAGCAGGUUGACUAUAGUUAACCAAACACAUGCAGACCUUUCAGUCAGUCCUCUCUCUCUCUGUCAGAGAAACUCUGACUGAUUCUCAGAUCAGAUCGCUGGAUAAGAUCGGUUUGUCAUGAGAAGAUCGACUGACUGAUGAACAACUGUGCCACUUGUAGUUUGCCGACUGUGGUUUCAAAACAUCACUACUAUAUUAGGAGCAAUGGUGACGCUUCUUAAACUUCCACAUACCGUAGAUGUACUUGUUAUUUGUGACCAUAAGUGUUUCUCUGGAUAUUCAUAGGCUCUCUUUAAAAGGAACUGAAACCAAAGGAAUGAAAAUGAUGAAAAUGCUUUCUGAUUUUGAAACCAAUAUGAUGCAACAAAGGAAACGUGUAGCCCACAGCGAUUGGGAUGCUGCAUAUCUUUCACUUCCCGCCCUGCCUCUCUGUGUCCUCCUGCUGGUCUCCAGUGGUCCAUUACUGUGUUUCACUCCUCCUCAGGUGGUUGACCAUGCCUUCUCUGAAGUACCAAGCAGGGGACAAGGUAAUGGGCCGCUGGCCCGGCAGCAGCCUGUACUACGAAGUCAAAGUGCUGGGCUACGAUGCUAAGAGCCGCAACUACACAGUCAUCUACAAGGACGGCACAGAGCUGGAGCUCAAGGAGCAGGACAUCAUGAAUGUCACCAGCUUCCAGCAGCGCUCGCGCUCCCGCUCCAACUCCCGUUCCCCUGGGCGCCGCCGCAGCCGCUCACGCUCCCCGGCUAGGACCACACGCCGCUCGUCAUCACGUACCGCCGCUGCUGCUGCUGCAGCCGCCGCCGGAGACGGCACACCAUCUUCACGCGGGGAUAAAAAGCUCAAGCAAGCAGCUGAAAUCAAGAUCAGCCCCAUACAGCAGCAGGAGAAAGAGCCAGCCGAGAACAAUAGCAACAAUAAACACGAAAAGAAAGAGGAGAAUAACAUGGCUAGCAAAGUCAAUGAGGCUGAUGCUAAGGUAGAGGUGGAUUCUGAGAAGAACCAGGGCCGCUACAACCUGCGCCGCAGGAAGGAAGAUGGAGACUCCAAAGCACCUGAAGCCAAGCCAGAGGAGAGGGAGGAGAGAGCAUCUGCUGCCCCUCCUGCUGCCGCCGCUGCCUCCUCCACCCCAGUGGACUUUGGAGGGAACAUAGGAGCCCUCUUCCUGAUGCUCUUCCUGCCUGCCUGGGUUCUGUUUCUGGUCCUCCAGGUGAACCAGAAGGAUCCCAGUCUGACAAACCUCCCAGCUCUGCCUCCACUCGAAACUUUCUGGGAUCCUCAAGCUCUUGGCUUUGUCAUCAUCUGGAUUUUCUUCCAGGCUCUGCUCUACACUUUGCCUGUUGGGAAGCUGAGUGAAGGAGUUCUGCUAAGGUCUGGCAGAAGGCUCACAUACAGAACCAAUGGUUUCUUUGCCUUUGUGGUCAGUGCUGCAGUGGUGGCAGCAGCAGUGUACCAGGGAGCUGACCUCACCUACAUCCACAGCCACUUCCUGCAGCUGACCUCCGCCUCCUUCCUGGUGUCCAUGCUGCUCAGUGUCUACCUGUAUGUCCGCUCCCGCUCCGCUGGCCCUGAUGAACGGGCUCUGGGAGGAAACUCGGGAAAGGUGAUCUAUGACUUCUUUAAAGGCCGUGAGCUGAAUCCUCGCAUCAAGGAGUUUGACCUGAAGUUCUUCUGUGAGAUGCGUCCUGGACUCAUCGGCUGGUGUCUGAUCAACGUUGCCAUGGCGCUGGCUGAGAUGAAGCAGCAGAAACUGGACGCUCCGUCAUGCUCCAUGAUCCUGGUCAACGUCUUCCAGCUCGUCUACGUGGUGGACGGUUUGUGGAACGAGGAGGCCAUCCUGACCACCAUGGACCUGAUGCAUGACGGCUUCGGCUACAUGCUGGCCUUUGGGGAUCUGGUGUGGGUUCCCUUCACUUACACCCUGCAGGCUAACUACCUGGUUAGCCACCCCAACCCCCUCAGCCUCCCAGUGCUCACUGCCAUCAUUGUACUCAAACUUGUUGGCUUCUACAUAUUCAGGAAAUCAAACUCUGAGAAAAACGCCUUCAGGAGGAACCCGUCGGACCCCAGACUGUCCCAUUUGAAAACCAUCCCCACGGCUACAGGGAAGAGCCUGCUGGUGUCCGGCUGGUGGGGGGUGGUCCGCCAUCCCAACUACCUGGGAGACCUCAUCAUGGCUCUGGCCUGGUCCCUACCGUGUGGCUUCAGCCACCUGCUGCCCUGGUUCUACAUCAUCUACUUCUUCAUCCUCCUGGUGCACAGAGUCUCCCGCGACAUGAUCGCGUGCCGACGGAAGUACGGCUCGGCUUGGGACGAGUACUGCCGAACGGUGCGCUACCGGAUCAUUCCCGGCGUCUACUGAGGAUCCGAUCCGAUCCGAGGUCUUCCCCUCUCAGCAUCAUGACCACCAGGACGCCCUCUGAGCGUCCCGGACCGACCGACCCACUGACUUUAGAACAUUUUUAAAUCUGAAUUGAAGAAGCUUUGAUUAUUUUUUUUUUGUUUUCUUUUUUUAUAUAAUGAAUAGGAAAAAAAAAAAAGGACAAUUAUAUUUUGGACUUUUUGAAGAACUGCCUUUUUAAUAGAAAAUAAUUAUAAAAAAUGAAAAGUUUACAAAAGAGGAGAAAAUGAAAAGAAAAAGUAAACGCCUCUUGUUGGAAUUUCUUGUUAGGACGUACUGUAUAUUUUUGUAUAUACACAUUUGUUUUUUAUACUUCAGAGUAACAUACCACCUGCAGAACCUUCCGUUCUUUUUAUUAUUUUUUUAUUUUAUUUUAAAAAAUAAAAAGAAUUUCCCCGUAGCAGCCACACUGCUUCUUUCACACUGCUCCAUUUCCAGCUUGGCUUUUCUGAUUACGUCUAAGCAGACGUUCCUGUCAUCAGCCUGUGUAUAUUGUGAAGGACGGGACUGACUGCGUCCCUCAGUGAUGAUCUGUACAGUGGAACUGUGACUCAUGUUAAUUCUCAGGACUCCAACGUAAAUUAGGACAUUUUUUAGCUUCGUUUUGAUUCUAAUCUAUAGAAACCUAGUUUUUAACUCGAGCGCGUCAGAUGAUUUUAGAGGUUUUAUUUAAAAAUGCACUAAUGGGUUUUGUCUCAGUCCCAAAGUGUAUUUGAUUGGCUUCGCUACCUCAGGUUCACUCACUUCUCUCCCCUCCCUCGGCCCUCCAGGUGGCGCUGUGUUGCGAGUACGAUGCAAGCGUAUGUCCUCCUAGAGUCUGGAUGGUGCUAUUUAUUAUGAACUGAAUUGGUUAUAAAUUCCCAUAUAAUGCCACUUAUUCUCAUUGAUUGUACUCAUUUUAAGCUUUAAUUUCCACACGAGGCCAGUGAUGACUGAAUGAAGUUCUUACUGUGACAACCUGCCACGGCCGGUAGCAUUGAAACCUGUCCAUCUCCAAACCUCAAAGUGUUUUUAUGCAUGUUCAGCUGUAGAUCAUCAUACGAGUAGCAAUACAUCAGCUAAACUAAGUAGUUGGCUUUUUUUUAUUUUUUAUUUUUUUAAUGCUGUGCUGACUGAAUAUCUUGUAAAUAAUUUUUAAUCAUGUGAUUUAUUUUUUAAAGAUAGAGGUGAUAAUAGUAUAAUUGCAAUGUUUCCAAGUAGCUAUUUAAAUGUUGCUUUAUUUUAAUUUUUUUUGCGAUUUGUUUUUUAAUUUAAUUUUGACCACUGUAUUUAUGUUUACACCCAGGCCUGCCAGGGUUCUGGAUUCCAUUCAGUUUGGAAUUGGCUUGACCCUGUUCUGCUCCAGGAUUAAGCUGUGGUGAAUCAUAUGUUAUAGUGGGAAGCAGUACAGCUGAACAUCAACAGAUCCAGUGGGGCUUAUUGUGAGGAGGAAUCCGGAAUAGCAGCUAGAUGAAGCUUAUCUGUGUAAAUGUCGAAGCAUCAAAUAAAGAUUUUCAGUAUUUUCUUGUC